AUGGGGCUAGUCUCUUUGGUACCCCAAUACUAUCUUGUUAUUGAGCACACAUCCGUUGGUCUCCUGUUCUUUGCAAUGGGCGUCUGGCACACCCUCAACUGCCUCGCCGCAUUCGCACGGACCAAAUCCGCGGGGACCGUCUACGUCGCGCGCGUGUAUCACCGGGCCGGCAAAGGCUGGCUCAAACACAUAGAGCUGUACGCGCUUAUGGGCAUAGCUGGAGUGCCGAUCAUCGUAGCCUGGACCUUUGUCGAGCUAAUCUCACCGGACGGCCGUGCGACUGGCGAACCCAGCAUAACGGGCCUCCAGAACUACCAACAUUUCGUCAUCUACGCAGGGUUCGUCCUGUGCGCGGCGCUCGCGCGAGCGGCCGAGGCGCGCUCAGCGUGGCUGGACCUCCCGGCGGGCGCGCUGCACGGCGCGUGGGGCGUGCAAUGGAUGAUCAUUUUUGUGUUGAUUCGGUCCCACAUGUUCGAAGGGGUGGAAUGGUUGCAAAUGACGGUGCACAAUAUGUACAGUCUGCCGGUGGGCGCGUGUAUGGCGCUCGCGUUGUUACAGGCGGCGGGGCAUUGGCACAAUGUGAUGGUGGACUUGGGAGCCGCGGCGGCGCUCACGCUGCAGGGGACCUGGCUCGUGCAGGCGGCGUUCCUUUUAUUCAUCCCAGGAACCAUGCCCACCGGAUGCAAGCCAACGCUUAUGGACCCCGAAAACGACCCCAACUUCAGGCCAGUUGUCUGUGCUUCCGGUUACGCAACCGACCGGGCAGCGGGCCUAGUCACCUGGCUGUUUGCGAGCCACCUGGCAGCGGUUGCGAUUCUCACCGUCCUCCUCCACGUCCUGGUGACACGUGUCAACGCUCGGAGGUCGAAAGGGCCCUACGUGGCAAUUGACUGCGAAGUAGGCAAACCGAUUUGA